AUGUUGAUGAUGCAUCAUGAUCAUCUUCUAUUUUUCGCCUCUUUCUCUCUUGACUCUCUGAUAAUGAACUGUUACUAUGUUGUUUUCUUGCUACUCUUACAUGCUGCAGUAUGUAAACGACAGAAGAGAGAUGACAUAUACGGUGAUAUCUGUCCUUUUCCUUGGCAGACACAUGAGCAGAAUAUUCUCGCAACGUACUCUCAAUGUUCAGAAGUGGUUGAUGAAGGAGUAAGAUGUUCGCCGCAUGAUCCGAUAGAGUGUACUGGAAGAAACCCUAUUUGUGUUUUCUCCAACGUAACUGACGAUUACCGAUGUUGCUCAGACGUUCCACAAGAUUUGAAUAACCUGCCAGGAGUGUCGGAGCAAGUUAAACCAAUUUGUCCUUAUGGAGCUUCAUCUUACGACAUUCCAUCAGUUUUACUAUGUGACCCAGAAGAAGAAGAUAUUUGUCCGGAUGACUAUAAAUGCGAGCAGGCAAUCAACCAUCAGAUGCUGGCUACGUUCAGCAUGUAUCUAUGCUGCAAGACUUCAACGUUAGAUAGUUUUGAAAACGUCUUCUAUGAAACAAAAGUAGGGAUCAACAAAAUGUCUGCCAACCUGAGUAUGCCUGUCUUUUACGUCACAUCGUUAUCUCCUUCCAUCAUUCCUCUCCCUCCAGGCAGUGGAAUUGAUUUCUGUGUGCUGAACGAAUAUAUUCCUUCGAAAGGACCACUGCCGGAGAUUCGAACAGGCGACCACUUCUCCAUGCUUCCAUAUCGGUUCCGAGAACCUGUCUAUCUGCAGAAAGUCAUGCUCCUACAUGAUCAGCUACCAGGAUAUUUCCACCACGUUCUUGUACUCUUCAAUCCUCAUGGCAACCCAGAGUCCAUGAACCUCUAUUACAAUCGUCCGUCAUCUCUCAGUCGUGAAAUAGACUUAAAAGUUGCAGCUUGGGAUGAAGGAGUAUUCUUCAGAAACAUCAACCGAGUUUUGACGAUACAGAAUGACAAAAUCUCCACAAGGCAGAUUAGAAAGCUCUACAUCGUUUUAGUUUUCAAAACAAAGGUUCGUCUGACUAGAAGGCAUCCACAGUUCUAUCAGGAUUUGCAUGCCAACUAUACUUCAUUCACUGACUUCUUGUCAACAGAAACAGGAAAGUUCCUAGGAACUCCUACAGCGGGUAGCUACUUCUAUGUAAGGAUUGGGUAG